UUCUGUACCAAAGGCCAACCAAACAGAGAAGCAUUCAAAGAUCCAUCCAUCCGCCAUUUCUCUUCCUCGCCUCACCUCUCUCUCCUUCCGGCAACACCCCCUCCCUCGCCGUGGAAAAUGGCUCUCUCGCGCUUGUCCUCCUCGUCCAGGCGCCUAGAUCUCCUCACCAGUCCCCUCGCCGCCGCCCUCGCCCGCCGCCCGAUCUCCACUGACACGACCCCGAUCACUGUCGAGACAUCGGUCCCCUUCUCCGCCCACAAGUGCGAGGGGCCGUCCCGCUCCGUCGAGACCACCCCGCAGGAGCUCAUUUCCUUCUUCCGGGACAUGGCCUUGAUGCGCCGGAUGGAGAUCGCAGCAGACUCCCUCUACAAGGCCAAGCUGAUCCGGGGCUUCUGCCACCUCUACGACGGCCAGGAGGCAGUCGCCGUCGGGAUGGAGGCCGCCAUCACCAAGAAGGACUGCAUCAUCACGGCCUACCGUGACCACUGCAUCUUCCUCGAACGCGGUGGCACCCUGCUGGAGGUCUUUGCGGAGCUCAUGGGCCGCCGGGCGGGCUGCUCCAAGGGCAAAGGUGGCUCGAUGCAUUUCUACAAGAAGGACUCUGGGUUCUAUGGCGGUCACGGUAUUGUGGGAGCUCAGGUUCCGCUCGGCUGUGGGUUGGCCUUUGCGCAGAAGUACUCCAAGGAUGAGAACGUGACCUUCACUCUGUACGGUGAUGGAGCUGCCAAUCAGGGGCAACUUUUCGAGGCGCUUAACAUUUCCUGCCUUUUGGAACUCCCCGCCAUUCUGGUCUGCGAGAAUAACCACUAUGGUAUGGGAACAGCCGAGUGGAGAGCCGCAAAGAGCCCUGCAUACUACAAGCGUGGGGAUUAUGCCCCGGGAUUGAAGGUUGAUGGUAUGGAUGCCUUUGCGGUGAAACAGGCUUGCAAAUUUGCCAAGGAGCAUGCUUUGAAGAAUGGUCCCAUCAUUCUUGAGAUGGACACAUAUAGGUACCACGGUCACUCUAUGUCAGAUCCUGGGAGCACCUACCGAACUCGUGAUGAGAUUAGUGGUGUGAGACAGGAGCGCGAUCCGAUUGAAAGAAUUAGAAAGCUGAUAUUGGGUCUCGAUCUAGCUACUGAAAAAGAGUUAAAGGAUAUGGAAAAGGAAGUGAGGAAAGAGGUUGAUGAAGCCAUUGCUCAAGCUAAGGAGAGUCCAAAUCCAGAUCCUUCUGAACUGUUCACAAAUGUAUAUGCAAAGGGAUAUGGAGUUGAGGCCUUCGGAGCAGACAGGAAAGAGGUGAGAGCUGCGCUUCCAUAGAUCAAAACUGAAACGUGAACUAACAUGGGCGCUCCUCUAUUUCCUCCGGCAUUCGGAGGAGCCAAAUCAAUAAAAGGUUUUCCGUCGAUUCAAUAUAGAUUGCCAGUCAUCUCGUGGUUACCUGCCCUUCGCAAGUUGUGCAUCAUUUUUUGAUGCUUCGAGCACAUUCCUUUCUGUCUUCUUCCCUUAUCACUUGAUUGGGACCCAACAACUGCAUGAUUUACUCAUGUUUUGAAAGCUCCAAGGUUUCUUGUGAGGAUAUUUAGAUGAUCGAUCAAAAGAAGUUUACCCAAGUGAUCUGAAGUAUCCAUGGACCAUUGCCAGACGGUUCACUCGGGCACUCA